UAGAGGGACCAGCCACUAAUUCUACCAACUGGCUUUUUUUAAAGCCCAAGAGCCAAUUCUUCCCUGGAGUUUCCUAGGGAUGAACUCUCCUCCACUGCUUUCUGGAUCUCUUUCUCCUUCUGGAGCUCACCCCCCUCCCCAAUUCCUCGCCUUUUCGUUGCGUCAGUUGAAUGUUGGACCCCGGCCAGUCUCCCUCCGCCUUCUCCCCCCCCCUUCCUCUCCUCCGUCCCAUCCCCAAUCUCAGAAAAUGCAGAAGAAAAGUUCCCUUCGCAAGAGGAGGCACGAUCUCGCUCGGCCAAAGCAGCAACCCUAGGACUCGUUCUGCGCCCAGCCAGGGGUCUCAAAGCGGGACAGGAGCCUCUUGGGUCCCUUGCGCGUCUUCUCCAUCCUUCUGGACAAAGGACCAGUCUUCCCUCUCUCGGAAAUAACCGAUCCGGUUGGGAGCCAGGAGGUCGUCUCCAGCCACUUGUCUCCUUCUUCCUCGCCUUGCGAUCCUGCCUCGCACACCUUGCGCAUCUGAGGAUCUCCCUGCGCCCAUGGCAGCGCGCAAGAGUUGGCCCAGCUGACUGCAGGCUUUGGAAGCGUCUCUUGGAUUUGAGAAAAGGAGGAGGAGUCUUUUGUGUGCCAGUUGUUGGGCAAUGGUGGCAGGAAGAUGUUGGCCAGGAAAAGCAUUAUCCCAGAAGAAUAUGUUCUUGCCCGCAUUGCGGCUGAGAAUUUGGGCAAGCCCCGCAUUCGAGACCGCCAGCGCAAAGCCCGUUUCAUUGCCAAAAACGGCGCUUGCAACCUGGCCCACAAGAACAUCCGUGAGCAAGGACGCUUCCUGCAGGACAUCUUCACCACCUUGGUGGACCUGAAAUGGCGCCACACUCUGGUGAUCUUCACCAUGUCCUUCCUCUGCAGCUGGUUGUUCUUCGCCAUGAUGUGGUGGCUGGUGGCUUUCGCCCACGGAGACAUGGACAAGCCUUGCAGCACUGAAGACUUAGACAAAUGGAGACCAUGCAUCACCUGCGUCAGGUCCUUCAUCUCUGCUUUCCUCUUCUCUAUUGAGGUCCAGGUGACCAUUGGUUUCGGUGGAAGGAUGAUGACCGAGGAAUGUCCCAUCGCCAUCAGUGUUUUGAUCCUCCAAAACAUUGUGGGCUUGAUCAUCAAUGCAGUCAUGUUGGGUUGCAUCUUCAUGAAAACCGCCCAGGCCCACCGCAGAGCAGAAACUUUGAUCUUCAGCCGGAACGCGGUCAUCGCUGUCCGUAAUGGCCACCUGUGUUUCAUGUUCCGCGUAGGGGACCUGAGGAAAAGCAUGAUCAUUAGUGCCUCGGUACGAAUCCAGGUUGUCAGGAAGACCACCACUCCAGAAGGAGAAGUCAUCCCAAUCCACCAGCUCGAUGUUCCAGUAGACAAUCCUCUUGAAAACAACAAUAUUUUCCUGGUGGCUCCAUUGAUCAUUUGUCAUGUCAUUGAUAAGCGGAGUCCUCUUUAUGACAUCUCCGCCAAUGAUCUGGCCAACCAAGACCUAGAAAUCAUUGUCAUACUUGAAGGUGUGGUGGAAACCACUGGAAUCACCACCCAAGCCAGAACAUCCUACAUAUCAGAAGAGAUCCUCUGGGGUCAUCGCUUUGUGCCCAUCGUCACGGAAGAAGAAGGGACUUACGCUGUCGACUAUUCCAAAUUUGGCAACACCAGCAAAGUCGCGGCACCCCGCUGCAGUGCCAAGGAGUUGGAUGAGAAGCCCUCCAUUCUCAUCCAGACCCUCCAGAAAAGUGAGCUGUCCCACCAAAACUCUUUGAGGAAACGUAACUCCAUGCGGAGGAAUAACUCCAUUCGGAGGAAUAAUUCAAUCAGGAGGAAUAACUCUUCCUUCAUUGUGCCUAAAGUCCAAUUCAUCACACCUGAAGGCAAUCAGAACACCAUGGAAACAUGACAGAGCCAAGGAGUCAUAUGCAGCGGUCCUGCAAAAACAGGGGUUUACCUUUGUUAUAAUAUUAGUAUUAAUUUGAUAUAAACAUUUAAUAGAUAUUAAGGGUUAUUUAUUAUAUGCAGACACCAGAUCAAACCAGAGAUAGGUUGUCAUUGAGUCCAUUAUCAAUGCGUGGUCCAAUGUUUGCAUAUUUGAGGUUGAGAUGCUACAGCUAGUCCUCAACUUACAACCACAACUGAGGCCAAACUUUCUGUUUUUAAGCAAGAACAUUAUUAAAUAUUGCCCCAUUUUAUGAAUUUUCUUGCCACAGCUGGUAAGUGAAUCACUGUAGUUGUUAAGUGAAUUAUGCUGUCAUUAAGCUAAUCUGGCUUUCCCCAUUGACUUUGCUUGUCGGACGCCAACUAGGAACGUUAGACAUGGUGACCCCGGGACAGUGCAACUAUCAUAAAUACAUCUCAGUUGCCAAGCAUCUGAAUUUUGAUCAUGUGAUUGUGGGGAUGCUGUGAUGGUCAUAAGUCACUUUUUUUCAGUGCCAUUGUAACUUUGAACGGUCACUGAAUGAAUGUGUCAAGCUCGAAGUGCGCUUUUGCUGUUACAACCAUUAUCACUUCUCAACUUGCCAAAGGACUAGAGGGGAGGGACGGGUGAGAUGGAAUACAGGUUCCAGACUUCAAGAAAGAGAGCUGUUGGAGCCAAGGACACAUCUGCAGGUGUUAGCUAAGACUGGAGACUCUUUCUCAUAACAAAACAAUGACACUCAAUUGGAUAAUGUGACCUACACUAAUAGGAGGAAGGGAGAAAUCUAUAUAGUAACUAUGUGGGUUUGUGUGGGAAUUAGGUAGAGCUGGUUUUGCCUUCAAUAGUACCAAAAUGAUGCACUCAAUAAAGUUUUGCAUUAAGAAAUCG